UCGGGGUUGAGGUCACGUGGAGGUAUACGUCGCAGUUCAUCGCACUGUACACUUAGGGACUGUAUGUGUUUCGCCCUGGGUAAAUUUAACCUUUUUUGAAGUUAAUUUUUUAAAUAACAGGAUAAAUAGAAUUUUAGAAAAGGAGAGGAAAGGAAGCAUUUUAGGCAGGGAAAACUACAUAUGCAAAGAUAAAAAGAAAAUGAAAGAUUAUGGCCCUUUUCUGACAGUAAAUCGGAUUCAGGGUAGAAUCAUAGGGCAAUAUGCAAAAUAUAUGUAGGGAACAUCUAGAUUAUUCUUACCUGUUCGCAGAGGGAGCCUCACAGACUACCUCAGAUUUCCCCUCUCUCCCACCGCACCCCCCACUUAAGUGCCUGGGAUGAAUUCUAAGUUAAUGCUCACCCCACUAGAUCACACCUACUUGACUAAAAUAACUUGCAGAAGGCAAUACGAUACUGUGUGAAUUUAUACAGUGGGGGAGGGAGUGGCUUGCUUUAAGUAAAACUGAUAUAUAGCAAUUGUAGAAUUGUAUACAUUUGAAAUGUAAUUGGAUUUGCAUAUUGCUCUUUAGGAUUACACUAGUUAUAUUGAGUUAAGUACUGUUUAAAGCAGUAGAAAGCCACCACAGUACACUAGGAGCCUGCUAAUCCCUACUGAUGCUGCACGUUAAUGUGUCCGGCCCUUUGCUCGCUGUUCCCUCUGUAAUCCUCACUCUUCAUCUUUUCUUCUCCCUCAAGGCCAGGUUAAAAUGCCACCUGCUGUUUCACUUCUGUUUUCUGCCGGUACGUGCUCUCUGUUCUGAUCCCAUGGCACUAAAUAGUGCUUUUCUAAUAGAAGGCUCACCACAUUAUCACAAUCAUUUGUGUGUUUCUCAGCCGUGGCACUGGAGGCGUUUGGGGCCAGACAGUUGCUUGUUGCGGAGGACCGUCUCCUAAAUGGUAUUUGCCAGCGUUCCUGGACUCUACCCGCUAGAUGCCCGUAGCAUCCUUCCCAGUUCUGACGAGAAACGUCUCCAGACAUGGCCGAAUGUUCCCUUUCUGGGGCAGGUGGUUGCAAAAUCUCCUGUGAGAACCACGGUUCUCACGUUUGAGCCAUGUGCAGCUCAGCAUCCGUUCAAUAAUAAGAUGACACAGCACUCCCCAACGCUUUUGGACAUGAACAUCUCUUUACAUCAAUUUCAUAAACCCACUUAGAAAAUUUGUAAACAACACUAAAGAUAGGAUGAAGUAGUGACUUGAGUAAAAAAAUUAGUGUAUUGAAACUGAAGUUCUUUUCGUCUGUAGCAAUGUUUGUUACAUAAGCAAAUUUCAAUUUUUCCCAUUUAACAAGUGAUACAAUCUUGAACUCACUUUAAUAAUGUAGAAAACAGUCUGAUUGCUAAAGUUGGCAGCCCCUUCAUUCUCCACAUGUUCCUCCAUUGAUCUUAUCAUCAUCCAACUCAUACUUUAUAUUUCUAUUGCAUAUAGUCUGUGCCUCACUAGAAUGUAAUCUCCAAGAGGACUGGGAUUUUGAUUUCCAUCACCAAGAACAGUGCUUCGUACAAGGCAGUUCCUCAAUAAAUGAUUACCAAACGAACGGAUUUGAUCAGCUUUAGGAUAAAAUUUUAUUUUGAGACAAAAUUCAUGCUAAGGUUACAGACGAUUCGUGAAAUGAGUGACUCUGAGGAUGAUGAUGUCCCCCGGCUAUCUUCCCACGCCUUAGCAGCCCUCCAGGAAUUUUAUUCUGAGCAGAAGCAACAAAGCAACCCAGGCGGGGAUGAUAAAUAUAAUAUUGGAAUAAUAGAAGAGAACUGGCAGUUGAGCCAGUUUUGGUACAGCCAGGAGACCGCUUUGCGACUUGCCAAGGAAGCCAUUGCAGCCGCGGGAGAAUGUGGCAGAAUAGCCUGUGUGAGCGCCCCCAGUGUGUACCAGAAACUGAGAGAGCUACACAGAGAAGACUUUUCUAUAUACAUCUUUGAAUAUGACAAAAGAUUUGCUAUAUACGGAGAGGAGUUUGUCUUCUAUGAUUACAAUAAUCCAUUGGAUUUACCUGAAAAAAUUGCUGCACACAGUUUUGACAUCGUAAUAGCAGAUCCCCCCUAUCUCUCCGAGGAAUGUCUCAGGAAAACGUCAGAAACCAUCAAGUAUCUGACUCAGGGCAAGAUUCUGCUGUGCACAGGUGCCGUCAUGGAAGAAGAGGCAGCGAAACUUCUUGGCGUGAAGAUGUGCACAUUUAUUCCAAAACACACCCGGACCUUGGGAAAUGAGUUUCGCUGUUAUGUGAAUUACGAUUCUGGACUAGACCGUGAAAUCUCAGUGUAGAUAGUAACAUAACACAGUAAAGGAUCCUAUGUGACGUUUCUCUCUCACUAUUUCCUUGGUAGAUUGAAAAGCUAUAACCUCCUCCUGUCCCCUAGAAUGGGGCUGGCUCUGGCCUGAUUUCCAAAAUAAAGAAUACAGCAUCUCAUCAUGA